CUCGGGACGGCCGCGCUCCGCUCCGCUCCGCCGCGCAACAAUGUUGUCCCUGCUACCUCUGUACAUCCGACUUCAUACGCGCUUGAAACACCGAUAAAUCUGAAGGCUGUGGGCGCUGAAGGAAUCCGAAGGAUGGAGCAGUCACCAGGACUUUGUUCAACCACUGAGCUGGCCGUGCCCGUGUCGAACUUCUGGGACAGAGCAUCCUGAAGAGCUCCGCAAGGGGAAGAGACCACAGCAUAGUCCAGGAGAAUGAAGAGACGCAAGUAUCCCUACAAAUGUCCCGCACGAAGGAAGAUCCUGAUCCUGUGUGUUACGGGGUGGCUGAUUGCACUGCUGAAGCUCCUCCAUGUCGAAAGACACUUUUUUCCCUCUAAGGGCAUUUAUUUGGUUGAGCACUUCUUAAGCACUUCUUCUUAUGUUAGAAACAGGUAUUCCUACCUUAGAAAUGAGUUCCAGUAUGAAAUCAAUUGUUCAUCUAUAUAUGAACAAGAUCCCCAUGAAAUUGGCAAGAGUUUAGAGAUAAGAAGAAAAGAGAUAAUUGAUUUAGCUGACGAAGAUGUCAUAGCAAUGACGAGUGAUUGCCACCUGUAUCGUUCACUUAGGAAAUACCACCUAAAGCCUGUUUCUCCAGAGGAGGAGAGUUUUCCAAUCGCCUAUUCUUUGGUUGUUCACAAAGAUGCAGUAAUGGUAGAAAGGCUCAUACAUUCACUGUACAGUCAUCAAAAUAUUUACUGCAUCCAUUAUGACCAAAAAGCAGCAAAAAGUUUCAAAUCUGCUAUGAACAAUCUAGCUAAAUGUUUCCCCAAUAUUUUCAUUGCAUCAAAAUUGGAGACAGUGGACUAUGCACAUAUUUCACGUCUGCAAGCAGAUUUCAAUUGUUUAUCUGAUUUGAUGGACUCUGCAGUUCCCUGGAAGUAUGUUAUUAAUUUGUGUGGCCAAGAUUUCCCUUUGAGGUCAAAUUUUGAGUUGGUUGCUGAACUCAAGAAACUUGGUGGAGGAAACAUGCUGGAAACUAUAAAGCCAAGCAGUAGCAAGAGAGAACGGUUUACUUAUCACUAUGAACUUAUGAAAGUGCCUUAUGAAUAUAUGCAGAUGCCUGUAAAAACCAACAUUUCCAAGAAUCCGCCACCUCAUAAUAUUGAGGUGUUUGUAGGCAGUGCCUAUUUUGUUUUAAGCCGAGCAUUUAUUCAGUAUACCCUUGAGAGCUCUCUUGCAAAAGAUUUUUUUGAGUGGUCAAGGGAUACAUACUCUCCGGAUGAACAUUUCUGGGCGACUCUUGUACGUGUUCCUGGGGUACCUGGGGAAGUUCCAAGGUCGGCCCAGGACAUAACAGACCUACAAAGCAAAACUCGUCUGGUGAAAUGGAAUUAUCUUGAAGACCAUUUGUAUCCUCCCUGCACUGGUACCCACCUUCGCAGUGUCUGCAUCUACGGGGCCGCAGAAUUAAGAUGGCUUCUGAAUUACGGGCAUUGGUUCGCCAACAAGUUUGACUCCAAAGUAGACCCUGUCCUGGUAAAAUGCUUGGCAGAAAAACUGGCAGAACAACAGAAGGAGUAUGAAACAAAGACCUCUCUAUCUGCUACCUCAGGAAAACUGGAAGUGCCCAGCUCACGGACAAAACCAGGAGAUCAGCGUGACACCAAAUGAGCCCUGUGGCCUCACCUGAAGUCCCAAACUUCCCACCUGUGGGAGCUAACAAAGAUCUUUGCAAUGUGAAUAUGUCUGGAUGAUACAAGGGAAAGAAGAUCCUCAGAUACUGCAUUGUCCGUAGCAUUGUUCUCUUCUCCCAGCUCAUCUGUGCGUUGCUUUUCCUUCUGUGAAGCCUGUACUUGGGUGCUGUGCCCCGCCUUUGAGAUCGGGUGUGGUUGAUUGAAACAGAAUGAUGUGCUGUUAACUCUUCAAAGGCAGUAUACGAGUGUGCCCUAAGGGUAGUCCCUGCAGCCCCUUAGAGUAGAUACCCAUGCCAAAAGAGGUUAAUCUUCAUUCCUAUCUCUGCCUGUAGAAAUACCCUCCUGUGAAAUCCCAGUCCUCUUGAGA